AUGGUGGCACGACGCGCUCGGCUGACACAACAACGCGAAAACGCCGGCCGCGUCCUCGACCUUCUCCUCUCUACUGUCUCCGCCCCCUCCCCUUCCUCCGCGGCCGCUCGGCUCCACUUGGUCGGCCAGCGUGCCUCAGCCACCGUCCUUCCAUUCACCAGCCAGCCCUCCAUCCCCGCCGCCGCCCACGAUCACCUGAGCCCUCCUCUCGCCCCCUCUCGCGCUUGGGGCUACGCUAUCACCUCUCACUCAGGAAUCCCCCUCCGCCACGACAGCGACAAUGCAUUGCGUCUCCGUUUCCGGAAUCGCGCCCGCCGCACCGCCCCUCCAUUGUUUGGGAGAACGCACGCGCACGCACGCACGCACGCACGCACGCUCGCACACACGCACACAUACAUACACAAGGCUGUCUGUCAACCACGGCGGGCCCCUCGAAACGCGCGGGUCAUCGAACAGCAGCAGCGCAACGACCUCGCACGACGACGGUCGGACGGCGCGUCGGUCCAGCCUGUCGGCGGUCCAGCCCAGACCGCCGACUGCCGUCUUCCCGCGCAGGACGCUUGGGACCCACGCAUCGACCAACGGCGAUCUCGAAAAGGGCAGCCUGCUAUUAGCGCGGUGGCUCCACGGACGCACACGGCUCCCGCUCGCGGGGCCCCAAUCCGUCGGCCAUCCCCGGCGCGUCUGCCUUCCGCGGCCUGUCAGGCGCACGCGCGGCCGGCGACGCGCCGCCCAGCCAACCGGCGGGAAGCAGCCACGCGCUCCGUCGCUUUUCCAUCAGAUCGCGCGCCCCGCUGGCCCCUUGCGCUGGCGGGCCUCAUUCCUGACCCACGCUUGCCCCUAUUGGCAGGCGCGGCUCGCCACGACGGCCUGCGCGUCGCUGGGCACGACAGGCGCUCGUCCGCUCACACCCGUCACACAGCGACGCGCGCUCGCGAGCAGAACCGCGCUUGCCCGCUAUUGUCCUUCUGUCCUCACGCGCCUCCACGCGCCCGCGACCCUGCGCCGCUGCAGCUCAGAUCUGAUACGCGCCUCAUAUGAGCAUCUGUGAUCCCGUCAGGGCGAGUCAAUUGCCCUCCGCGUGUGUGCAUCCCUAGUAAUAACGAGUGACAGCAGCGACCGCCCUCGGCUGUUUCCAUGCGCCCCGAUCGCUCGACCCUCGGCGACUUUACUGUGCUGUACCUACCUACUGUACUGCGUAGAAUUAUGUGUAUUGGCCGCUUUCGUCUCGGCGAUUGCG